AUGGCACACGCACAACAAGACAUCGAGGCGAUCCUCGCCCAGGAUGGCGCCAUGCCCAUCGCCAUCGUGGGUGUCUCGGGCAGAUUCCCAGGAGAUGCGUCGACACCAGAGAAACUAUGGGACAUGGUCUCCCAGGGAAGAAGUGCGCUCACCGAGGUGCCGAAAGAACGCUACAACGUCGACGGAUUCUACCAUCCCAGCGGUGAACAUCAAGGCACAACGACUACACGAAUGGGCCACUUCAUUGAGUCGGACGUCGGUCUUUUCGACGCCCCCUUCUUCAAGAUCUCUGCCCAGGAGGCACACGCCAUGGACCCCCAGCAGAGACUUGCUCUCGAACUUGCGUACGAAGCCUUGGAAUCAGCUGGCAUGACCAUCUCAGAUAUCGCGAAAUCCACGAUGGGUUGUUACAUGGCAACCUGUGUUAGGGAUUACGCCGCGAUCCGCGCGAUCGAUCCCGAUGACUACCCUCGAUAUGAAGCGAACGGUUCCAUGGGUACUGCUAUGAUUUCCAACAGAAUAUCGUGGUUCUUCGAUAUCAAGGGAGCCAGUUUGACUUUGGACACCGCCUGCUCGUCAUCUCUCGUUGCUCUUCACUUGGCUGUGCAGGCCAUUCGCACUGGAGAAUCAAAUUCGGCGCUUGUUGGUGCUACGAACUUGAUUUUGAUGCCGCACACGUCCAACCACCUGAGUACAUUACAAUUCUUGAGCCCGACAGGAAAGUCUCAGUCGUUCGACCACAGGGCCAAUGGCUAUUCCCGUGGUGAAGGUGUGUCCUUCAUCGUCGUCAAGUCGUUGGCCGACGCCCUCAGAGACGGGGACGUCAUUCGUGCAGUGGUCCGAGGUACAUCUGUGACGCAAGACGGACGAACUCCCGGUAUCAACUUGCCGUCUUCCGAAUCCCAGGAAGAACUGAUCAGAGCCGCAUACGCCAACGCGGUCCUGGGCACUGAGGACACUACCUAUUUCGAGGCUCACGGUCCCGGUACCCCUGCUGGAGAUCCUCUCGAAACUUCUGCUAUUGCGAAGGUGUUCGGAAAGCACCGAUCUCCUGAAGAUCCCCUACACAUCGGAUCAGUCAAAUCAAACAUUGGCCAUUUAGAAGCCGGUGCUGGUCUUGCGGGUCUCACGAAAGCGUUAUACGCCCUGGAGAAGGGACAGAUCCCUCCCAACAUUUGGUUUGAAAAGCCCCAUCCUAAGAUUCACCUGAAGGAAUGGAACCUUGCAGUCCCUACAUCACUGGUCCCAUGGCCGACAGAUGGCUUGCGUAGAGCCAGUAUCAACUCUUUCGGCUAUGGCGGAACGAACGCCCAUUGCAUUCUGGACGAUGCGUACCACUACCUUAGCAGCCGAGGCCUCACAGGAAAACACAACACUGCCACAGUCGUUCCGCGGCUCGAAAAGCCAGCGGAUGGGCUUGACUCGCCCGACACCGACUCGGCUUCAGACACUGGUGUCGUAAACUCGGAAGUAGCCAGUGCCGGUGACAGCGGGACUCCGGUCUCCGAUAUCUCGGAGGACCUGGGCGAAAUUUCGUCUACCCCCCAGCUCCUCGUAUGGUCCUCUCACGAGCAAAGCGGCAUUGGCAGAACCGCUGCGAACCUGCAAGCAUAUCUCAAAGAAACUGAUUCUCUACCCUCGGAGCAGCCGACUUUGCUGAAACGACUGGGCUACACCUUAUCGGCUCGCCGUAGCAGACUGCCAUGGUCGUCGUUCGUGGUGGCGUCGGAUCUGGCAGAAACAGUCAAGGAGUUGGAGACACCUAGCAAGCCACUGCGGCCUGCUGUCGACCUCUGCACGAUCUUCGUGUUUACUGGUCAAGGUGCUCAGUGGUUCGGCAUGGGUCGCGAACUCAUGGCCUACCGGACGUACAGGACCCGUAUGGAAGAAGCGGCGGCGCAUCUCAAAACCCUCGGAUGCGAAUGGGACUUAAUCGAGGAACUCUCUGCCUCGCAAGCCGAUUCGCGCGUGAACGAGCCCCAGAUCAGCCAGCCGGCGUGUACCGCCGUCCAAGUCGGCCUUGUUGAUCUCCUCAAGGAGUGGGGUGUGACGCCUUCAGUCACCCUUGGUCACUCCAGUGGUGAGAUUGGUGCGGCGUACGCCAAGGGUGCUCUGUCAAGAGAGACCGCAUGGACAGUCGCUUACCACCGUGGACGUCUCUCCUCCAGCCUCCAAAUCACCGGAGCUAUGUUGGCUGUCGCGCUAGGCGAAGAUGAGGUGAAGCCGUUCAUUGACCAGUGCACUACGGACCCCAAGCCAGUGGUGGCUUGCAUCAACAGUCCCCAGAGCGUGACCCUAUCGGGUAGCGUAGAAGGCAUCGACCAAGCGGUGGAAAUCAUCGGCAGCCAGGCUUGGGCCAGGAAGCUUCUCGUCAAGACACCAUACCACAGCCCUUUCAUGAGGGCACUCGCUGAGCCAUACUACGAGUCCAUGCAAGGCAUUACUGGCGGUACACCUACAGCGACCCGCAUGUUUUCGUCCGUCACUGGCAAGGAGAUCGACGAUGCCGAUCUCAUCAACCCUCAGUACUGGGUGGACAACAUGGUCUGCGCUGUCAAGUUCAGUCACGCCUUGGACGCAGCUCUGAAUGACGAAGCAGUUCUCGGCAAAUCCCUUGCAUUCAUCGAGGUCGGACCCCACGGCGCCCUCCAAGGCCCAAUCAAGCAGAUCUUGAAGGCGCAAAAGGAACAACCUCAAGACUUCAAUAUGCUAAGUCUGCUGAUGCGGAAAGAGGAUGCCAUCCGCACAACGCUCAAGGGCGUGGGUAUCAUCUUCCAGAAGGGCUACCCGGUUGAUGUCAGCAAAGCGAACCACGUUGACUCGAAGCAAGAGAUGCCGGCGCACCUCGUGGACCUGCCUCCCUUCUCCUGGAACCACAAUUCUAGAUACUGGUACGAGACCGCCAUGUCGACUGCGUACCGGAACCGGAAGGAGCCCAAGCACGACUUGCUCGGAGCGCGCGAUGUGUUCUCCAACGAUGGCGAGCCAGCCUGGCGAAACUACUUGCGCCCUUCGGAGCUUCCAUGGGCCAGGCACCAUGGAGUUGGUGACAAGUUCCUGUUCUCUGCUGCAGGCUUCCUGACUAUGGUUGUCGAAGCCGUGCGCCAGACUGCGGAGCCCGGCAAGACGAUCGAGGCCAUCCAGUUCCGAGAUGUCUUCCCCGGAGCAGCGAUCAUCCUCAACGACUCCGAGGACAGCCCUAUCGAGACGAAGCUUCAGCUGCGGAACUGGCGUCUGGCCUCCCGAUCUCUGACGACAUACUGGAAGGAGUUCAGCAUCUCAAGCCGGACGCGCGAUGGCACCUGGUCUCAGCACAGCACCGGUUUGGUCUCGCUGAAAUACGCAUCUGACAACCACGCGUCCACCUUCGCCGACGAAAACGCCUCUUUCGCCGAGACGUACCGUCAGGAGUACUCGCGCAUCAAGGAUGCUGACCUCAAGCCCCACAGCGGCUCUGAGUUCUACUCCAAGUUCGAGAAGAUGGGCAUGCAAUGGGGCGAGACGUUCCAGAACCUGGUCGAGUCGAGCGCGGCCGGCAACGCCGUCACCGCCACGCUGAAGGUGCCCGACACCAAGUCCUGGAUGCCUGCCAACGUCGAGUCGCCCAACGUCAUCCACCCCGCCACGCUUGACGGCAUCUUCCACAUGCUUCUGGCCUGCGACGGCGUCGAGAAGAUCACAGUGCCCAAGUACAUUGAGCGCAUCUAUCUCUCGACCAAGUUGCCGACCGAGCCAGGUUCUAAGCUCCAAGGUUUCGCUGAGAUCAAGGAGAAGUGGGCCGAUGGCACCAACGGCACCGUUGUCCUGUCUGACGAGAAGUGGGAUGAGCCUCUGCUCAUCUUCGAGGGCUUGAAGUCGACAGACUACAACUCCGACUCCAAGGAUGAAGAGGAUGCCGAGGCCAAGAUCGAGGCAGUCAAGAAGCUGGGUGCCUACUCGACGUGGCACGUCGACGUUGAGAACUCCCCUGAGGCCACCAAGGCCAUCUUGGAGAAGGCCGUCAGCAGCGCUCCUCAGAUCCUGUACGACACUGUCCAAGACUUGGAAUGGGGCGCUUACAUCGUCUGCAAACGCAUGACCCAGCGCUUCACCGAUGAAGAUUCCAAGCGCAUGGCGCCGCACCACCUCGUCUUCUACAACUACAUGAAGCGCCAGUGCGACCUCGGCAAGGCGGGCGAGCUGCCCUGUCAGACCCCUGAGUGGUCGACCGCCAGCAAGGCCGUCGAGGACGAGGUGCUGUCCCGUGUUGCCGCGGCCAGUCUCGAGGGAAAGAUGAUGUGCCGCAUCAACGACAACGUCGAGAGCGUGCUACUGGGCGAGAUCGAGCCGUGGGAGCUGAUGAACCACGACAAUGCGCUGAACGACAUGUACAGAUACGGUCUGUCUGAUGAGCGUACGCCCGCUGUCCAGUGCGAGUACAUCAGCCGCCUUUCGCACAAGCGACCGCUGCGUAUCCUCGAGGUCGGAGCCGGUACUGGUAGUGCCACCAGUCGCAUCCUCGCCGCUCUCGGGCCUGAGGUUGCUGGUCGCCUGACAAAGUACACCUAUACCGAUAUCAGUGGUUCCUUUUUUGCCGAGGCCGCGGAAGAGUUCAAGGACUACCGCGCCAUGAUGGACUUCAAGGUCUUGAACAUCGAGAACGAGCCUGCCCAGCAAGGUUUCGAGGAGGGCUCAUACGACGUAGUCGUUGCCUUCCAAGUCCUCCACGCCACUUCGUCUAUUAGCACCACCCUGGCCAACUGCAAGAGGCUCCUCAAGCCAGGCGGACACCUGAUCGCCACAGAGUUGACCAGCAAGAUCGCCAGACGUUCAGUCGUCUUCGGUGUACUGGCCGGUUGGUGGCUCGGCGAGGCCGACGACCGACUAUGGGGUCCCGAGCUCUCUGAGGAGGGCUGGGAUGAGCGCCUCAAGGCCGUCGGGUUCUCCGGCGUUGACCUGUGCUUCCGCGAUCGCGAGGAUGUCGGCUGGUCUUCUUCCCUGGUUGCGUCGACUGUUCCUCUUGAGUCGGAAGUCAUCCCGGUGAAGAAUGUCACCAUCAUUAAAUCGUCCGAGGAGUCGUCCCACACCAAGGCUCUGAUCGAGCAGCUUUCCAAGAAGCUCACAGCCGACGGCGCGACGGUAGAAGAGAAGACACUGUCAGAGCUCGCGAGCGCAGAUCUGACUAAGUCAAGAUGCAUCGUCGCCACCGAACUCGACAAGCCCAUCUUAGCUCACCUUGAUCAGUCUGAGUUCGACGCUAUCAAGAACGUGUUCGCUCGGUCGGAGGGUACUCUCUGGCUGACAAACGGAGGUUUCACCAUCGACAGCCGAGAUCCCGAGCUCAACAUGAUCACGGGUCUCGCACGAACAGUCCGCGGUGAAGACCCGCAGAUCCGCCUGACCUGCCUGGAUCUCGACCCUGAUCUACCGCUCGAGGCCGAAUCCGUAACCGACACAGUGCUGAAGGUCCUCAAGCUCAACGGAGACGCGAGCAACGCCGACCACGAGUUCGCGGAGCGCAACGGCUCCCUCCACAUCCUGCGUGUCUGCACCAACGAGACGCUCACCAGACUGCUGAAGCCCAGCGAGAAUGACGAUAGUCACCUGUCGAUGCAGCCCCUCAAGCAAGAGGGCCGCCCAUUGAAGCUCGGAAUCAAGGCUACCGGUGAGCUGGACAGCUUCCACUUCAGCGACGACACCGAGUACGCCACGCCCCUGGGCGACGACGAGGUCGAGAUCGAGGUCAAGGCCGUCGGUCUCGACCAGUACGACAUGGUCGUCGCCGUGGGUCAGAUCUGGGACGUCAACCUCGGCAUCGAGUGCAGUGGUGUCGUGUCUAGGCUUGGAAAGGACGUCACCAACUUCGCCGUAGGAGACCGCGUCCUGACAUGUGGUAACGGCUGGUACAAGACCUACAUCCGCAACAACCAGGCGAUGUUCCAGAAGCUGCCCGAGUCGUUAUCCUUCGAAGAGGGCGCGACGCUCAUGAUUGCGUACGGAACAGCCGCCUACAGUAUCUUCAACGCCGCUCGCCUCGAGGCCGGCGAGACGAUCCUGAUCCACUCCGCGGCCGACGUCCUCGGACAAGCUGCCAUCAACAUGGCGCAGCACAUCGGUGCCGAGGUGCUCGUGACGGUCUCAUCCGAGACAGAGAAGAACCUGCUCAAGGAGACCCACGGCAUCCCUGACGACCACAUCUUCAGCAACAAGGACGCGGGCUUCGUGCAGGGCAUCAAGCGCGUAACCAAGGGCCAGGGCGUCCAGGUCGUCAUCAACUCGCUGACGGGCGAGCUGCUGCGGCAGACCUGGCACUGCAUCGCGCCCUUCGGCCGCUUCAUCGAGCUCGGCGUCAAGGACAUCAAGAGCAACACGGGGCUGGACAUGGUGCCUUUCCUCAACAACGCGAGCUUCGCCGGCGUCAACGUGCUGGCCAUGUACCGCACGAACCCGCGCGUGUCCGCCCGCCUCAUGGCCGACGUGCUCAAGUACUACGCGCAGGGCGUCUUCAAGCUCGUCAAGCCCCUGAACGUCAAGAAGUUCUCCGAGAUCGCCGACGCGUUCCGCAUGCUGCAGUCGCGGAGAUACGUCGGCAAGGUCGUCCUGCAGGCCGUUGAUGAUGAUGUCGUCCCUGUCACUCAGGGCAAGAAGCCUGAGCUGACGCUGUCGCCUGAGGCGACGUACCUCAUCCCGGGUGGUACUGGUGGUCUCGGUCGCCCGCUUCUCCUCUGGAUGGCUAAGAAGGGGGCCAAGUACUUGGCCGUGACUUCUCGUUCCGGCGCCAAAGACCCUGAGGUACAGAAGAUUCUCGAGGAGCUGGCCAACCUCGGUGUGAAGACCAAGGUCUUUGCUGCCGACAUCGGUGACGAGGCGCAGUGCCAGAAUGUGUUGGACGAGCUGGCAGCGGCCGACUUCCCUGCCAUCAAGGGUACCAUGGUCCUAGCGAUGAACGUCCAGGACUCCAUGUUCGACACCAUGUCCCUCGACGCCUGGCACGGCGCCAUCCGGCCCAAGUACAAGGUGACGACGAACCUGCACCGCCUGCUGCCCAAGGACCUCGACUUCUUCAUCUGCAUGUCGUCGUCGGCGGGACAGAUCGGCUCGAUCGCGCAGAGCAACUACAACACGGGCAACGUGUACCAGGACGCCAUCAUGCACCACCGGCGCGCGCAGGGGCUCGCCGGCACGUCGAUCGACCUGGGCUGGAUGGGCGACAUCGGGUUCGUGUCCGACGGCGGCAAGGUGCCCGAGAUCGUGCGCAUCGGCGCGCCGCAGAUCUUCUCGCCGCAGCUGUACGCCGUCCUCGAGGGCGCCAUGGCGUCGAGUGGCCAGGGUACGAGCAGCAAAUUCCGCAACCAGCCGAUCCUCGGGCUGGCCAGCGGCGGUCUCGUCAAGGCCAACGGCUUCGACGAGCCAUACUGGUUCGCUGACGCGCGGUUCGCGCCCAUGCGCGUCUACGACACGCAGAACCUGACCUCGAGCGGGGCCGCGAAGGCCAGCAGCGCGGGCAGCGUCGACCUGGCGGCCGUGCUGGGCGCGGCCAAGAGCAUGCCGGACGUGGUGAGCGUCGUGUGCGCGGCGCUGAUGGCCAAGCUGGCCAAGGGCCUGAUGAUGGAGCUCGAGGACCUCGACACGAGCCGGCCCAUCAACACGUACGGCGUCGACAGUCUCGUGGCGGUCGACAUCCGCGCGUGGGCGCUCAAGGACCUGCAGAGCGUCGUGCACGUGUCCGAGAUCCUGAAGAACGUGCCCAUGGUCGAGCUGGCGGCGCAUAUCGCUUCCAAGUCGAAGUUCUUGCCGGCUGCGCUGCAGGAGAAAGCGGCUGCUUGA